UUAGAUUGUCGUGCGUAGCACAUGGCCUAAUGUGCUCAGACGAUGAAAGCCUGGACAAUUUUUACUUGCUUUGCUCUGCUGGACCUUUUCAGUGGAGUUGCUGGACCUGCCCACACGGCUAAAACAACCUCAACAGUGUGUGAUCACAAUGGUGAACCCAAGCCAUCAGUUCCAUGUAGCAGACUACGUGGUGUUUAGUUUGACUAUCGCCAUAUCAGUGGGUAUAGGUGUAUACUACGCCGUGAAGGGACGGCGCAAGGCCAGUGCGUCUGAAUACCUGGUGGGUGGCCGUAAGAUGAAGAUCAUACCUGUUGCUCUGUCUCUCAUGGUAUCAUUCGAGUCAUCCAUCAUGAUGCUGGGCUUCCCUGCUGAAGUGUACAUCUAUGGAAUCAUGUUCUGGCUCAGCACGUUUGGAUUCAUGUUCGCCAAUCUGAUCGGUACCCGUCUGAUCGUGCCCAUGGUGCAUCCACUCAGGCUAACCAGCGCCUACGAGUACCUGGAGCUAAGGUUCCGGUCUAAGAUAAUACGGCAACUCGGAACCACGCUGGCGUAUCUCAGUACGUUGUUUUAUAUGGGCAUUGUACUGUUUGGACCGGCAAUAGCGCUGGAGGCAGUGACUGGGUUCCCUCUAGCUGGUUCCAUGGCGGUGGUAGCGUGCGCCUCCGUGUGUUAUACAACAAUCGGUGGAUUCAAGGCUGUCAUCUGGACAGACGUUUUCCAGACGGUUGUCAUGCUCACCGGGAUCUUCGCAAUUCUUAUCAAGGGGACAAUGGAAGUUGGAGGACCAACACAAAUGUGGAACAUCAACUACGAAAAUGGCCGGCUUAACUUUUUCGACUUCAAUACCGACCCCACAGUCCGCCACACUUUCUGGAGUCUGUUUCUGGGGUCUAGCAUCAGGAUGAUCGGACUGACCAUCGGCCAGGCUGCCAUCCAGCGGAUCUCUUCCACGCCAACCGAGCUGCAGGCCAAGAAAGUUUUGUUCAUCACUGGUCCCGCCUUCUUCAUCACUCUGACCCUGGCCACCUUGGAAGGACUGGUGGCGUUCGCCUACUACUACAAUAGAGGCUGUGAUCCACUCAAGUCCAAACAAAUCUCCAACCCUAACCAGCUCAUUCCCUUUAUGGUGAUGGACAUCUUCCGGGAGCUGCCAGGCAUGCCAGGCCUGUUCAUGGCGGCGUUGUUCAGCGCCUCACUGAGCACACUGUCCUCGGGCCUCAGUGCCCUGUCAGCACAGACCUGGGAGGACUACAUCAAGCCGUAUGUGAAGAAUCCCACCGAGGUUAAGGCCACGAUCAUAGCCAAGUGUUCAGUUGUGGCAUGUGGAGGUGUGUCUGUCGCCAUCUCGAUGCUCAUCGCCAAGGUCGGCGGGACGUUGUCUCAGAUCUCAUUCAGCCUCCUGGCUGCCUUUUCCGGCCCCGCCACCGGCCUUUUUCUCCUGGGAGCCAUGAUACCGUGGGCGAAUGUCCAGGGGGCGUUCGUGGCCACAGUUACAGGAGCUGUGUUUAUAUUCUGGAUCUCCAUCGGGUCCUACAUGUCAACUACCAAGCGGAAGACGCCCUGGCUUCCUCUUGGGCCUACAGACAGGUGCCCAGUCGACAACGUCACUUUCAUCAGCGACUUUAACUACACCAUCCCAGACAUCAGUGUGACGACAGAAGCCUACACACCACAGGGUCUUGACAAGCUGUACUCUCUGUCCUAUAUGUGGUUCGGGGCACUUGGUAUAUUUUUUGUUGUAGCAGUUGGGGCUAUCGUCAGCUACAUGGUUAAUGGUUGCCGGACGACCACGAAGGCAGACACUCGAUACUUAGUCUCCGUCGUGGAUCAGUUAUUCUGCUGUCUCCCGGAACCCGUCAAACACUUCUUCCGAUGUGGAGUGGACUACACAGCUGCUUCGCGUGUUGCCGAGACCUCCUCCAAGGCAGACAUUUACCACACCAGCGUGGACAUACCCCAGGAGGACGAAGCUCUUUGCCAGCCAGACGAGGAACACAACCAGCAGCACUCAAACCACAUCAAGAUUGUGCAUGCGUCGGAAAACGGGCCAGAAUCAGAUCGCCGCCAUCUUAUUGACGCCGAACUGUUACCUCUUCAACAAAAUGAAGAUAGAGGUGAACCUAGUUUUUAUCAAGGCAAUGGUAGGGAGCUGUCACAACAAGACCGAACCCCAGAUAUGGAGGAAUCAGUUCUAGAUCAAUCUGUAGAAGUCAAGCUAAACCUUGACCAAUCGCAUAAGUUAGAGGACCCACGUCUAGAUCAAACCCAAGAGAGGAAUGAGCCAAGUUUACUAACGCAGACGAAGGAGCCGUGUCUCGACCAAACACAUGGGAUGGAGCCAAGUCUAGAUCACACUUCCUGCAAGGGGGAGCCACAACAAGAUGGGAAUCUGGAGAGAGAAGACACCAGAACAGGACAGAUUUCAGAUACACAGGAUGCCUCUCCACACUUAGAGGAUACUAAACAUCAGGAGUCCAGCAAUCUGUAGAGACAGUAUAGUUCAUUGAAAGUGUUCACGUAAACAUGAGGAAAUGACAAAAACCGACCGCAGUGACUGUUGGGGCUACUAUCAGAGCUGCAAGAGAAAUCGAGCCCGUGUGUUUGGAGUGGGUUCACUGUGACGUCAAUGUUAGAGGGGAGGAUGUUUAUGAAAAUAUUACUUCUAAUGUACGUAUUAAACAAGUUUGUGUGUGUGAAGUGUAUGUGAUAGUAGUGCUGCAACAGUCGUCAUACCUGUAAUGCAGUAAGUAUCAUUUUUCUUGACGUAUCAGCAAAAUUAAUGAUUAGUGAUAAAAAACAACAACCAAAGAAUGAUAAAUGACGUGAUUGUGUAAUCUAUUUACCGACAUCUGUAGGUGGGCCAGUGAUUCUGGUGAAUGUGUCUGUGUUACGCCAAUUUCUUGAAGAUUACAGAAUGGUCAUGCUUC